AGUGUCCGCCGCGUCGAGCAGCGAGGAGGUGCGCGGGCGGGUCUCGGAACUGUCAUUCUCCCCGUUUACCUUCCCGUUUCUGGUUUGCGGGUGGGGAAAAAAAUUAAUAAAUAAAUCUCAGGCGCCGUUCCGGCCGAUCGAAAAACAACAUAAAACACCACGAGAUCUUACAGAGAAUAAUUACGGACUUAAGUUAACUGCUUAGGCGAAAAUUUCGCGCGGAAUUUUUUUUAUUUUACCCUCUCCCUCCGCGGGACCUCUCAUUAAAAAAAAAGAAAACCCCACGUGCGAAAAACGUAAAGCACGAAGUGCGUAGAAAAAUUUAGUCUAUGAAAAAACGUGUAUAGACUCGAAAGUGACGACUACCAAGCUGAUCGAUGUUCACCGCGGAGUGAGAAGCAUUUUUCUCGGCCAGCUGCACUGUUUUUGUCAAAUUUUAAGAAUAACUCGUUUGGUUGGGUUAACCGUGUGUUCGCCUGUGGUGGUCAAGAUGUGAUGGCACCGCGUAUGUGACAAAAAAUUUUAUUUAUUUAUUAAGUUUUGGUUGUUGUUGUUGUGCGACGGACGUUGCUGGGAUGAGCUGUGUCGGCGCUACGCCGGCGGCCGGGUCGCGAGGCUGACGGACGCCAUCGAGAGGGUGGUUGUGGCUGACCAGAGGAACAAGCGGGGCCCGGACCUCACCCCCCCGCCGCGCGCCCCCAGGAGGAAGAUGAACCGCCGCGGGAGCAGCUCGAGGAUGGCGGCGUGGGUUCUCGUCGCCUUCUCCCUGUGCCGGGUGGCCGACGGGAAGAUCCUGGACGAGGAGACAGUGACGACGACGGAGACUCAGGCGGUGGCAGGCACGGUGGCCAAGCUGCCCUGCGACAUCGCGCCGCCGCUCAGCGCCGACAAGGUGUACCUGGUCAUCUGGUACAAGGAGGGCGCCGUGUCGCCCAUCUACAGCUUCGACGCGCGCAGCAAGCCGCUGGAGCAAGCCAAGCACUGGACGGACGAGCAGGUGCUGGGCGCGCGCGCCUACUUCCGCUACGCCGAGGACCCGGCCAAGUUGACGGUGGAGGGCGUGCGCGACUCAGACGGCGGCGUCUACCGCUGCCGCGUCGACUUCAAGAAGUCGCCCACGCGCAACACCAAGGUCAACCUCACCGUCAUCAUUCCGCCCGUGAAGCUGCAGAUCCUGGACGACAGGGGCUCGCACGUGGCCCACUACACCAUCGGGCCGUACAACGAGGGCAGCUCCGCCGACGUGAUGUGCAUAGCCACCGGAGGCCGGCCGCCGCCCAGGGUCACGUGGUGGCUGGAGAACGCGCUGCUGGACGACUCGUACGAGACGCUGGGCGACUCCAGGGUGCAGAACACCCUGCGGCUGGAGCGGCUGGAGCGACGCGACCUCAGCACCGUGUACACGUGCCAGGCGUCCAACAACAACCUGGUGGCGCCCAUCUCCAGCGCCGUCACGCUCGACAUGAACCUGCGGCCGCUGUGGGCUCGACUGCUGGGCAACAACAGGCCCCUGUCGGCCGACAACAACUACGAGAUCCAGUGCGAGGCCGUGGGGUCCCGCCCGCCGCCCGUCAUCACCUGGUGGAAGGGCAGCGUGCCCCUCAGGAGCGUCAACGAGCUGAAGAGCAAGGACGGCAACGUGACGACCAGCACGCUGACCUUCAUGCCCAGCAUGGAGGACGGCGGCAAGGUGCUCACCUGCCGCGCCUCCAACGCGCUCAUCGCCGACAGCACCCUGGAGGACGGCUGGGUGCUCAACGUCCACCACGUGCCCGUGGUGAACCUGGAGCUGGGAAGCAACCUGAACGCCAGCACCAUCAGGGAGGGCGUGGACGUGUACUUCGACUGCAGCAUCAAGUCCAACCCCUGGGUCUACAAGGUCAGCUGGCGGCAUGGGGGCAAGCCGCUGUACAACAACGCCAGCACGGGCACCAUCGUGAGCAACCAGAGCCUGGUGCUGCAGUCGGUGACGAGGGCGCGCGCGGGGCUCUACACCUGCGUCGCCAGCAACAAGGAGGGCGACGGCGUCAGCAACCCAGUCUACCUGGACGUCAAGUAUGCGCCCGUGUGCCGGCCGGCACAGCAGAAGGUGUACGGCGUGGCGCGGCAGGAGAUGGCGCGCGUCAUGUGCGAGGUGGACGCUAACCCGCCCGACGUCGCCUUCAGCUGGCGCUUCAACAACACGGCCGAGACGGUGGACAUCCAGUCGUCGCACAUCGCGUCCGACCGCACGCGCAGUUUCGCCUCGUACGUGCCCAUGACGGAGCUCGACUACGGCACGCUGCUGUGCUCCGGUCGCAACGAGCUGGGCGCGCAGAAGGAGCCCUGCGUCUUCCACGUCAUACCCGCAGGCAAGCCGGACCCGCCGCACAACUGCACCAUCCUCAACCAGACGGCCGACUCGCUGCACGUCGAGUGCGCCGACGGCUUCGACGGCGGUCUGCCGCAGGAGUUCGUCAUGGAGGUGUACGACGCGGCGACGCGCGGCCUCGUCUCCAACGUGACGUCGCGCGCGCCCCUGUUCGUGGUCAGCGGGCUGGAGUCGGGGCUGGGCUUCGACGUCACCUUGUUCGCGUCCAACGCCAAGGGCCGCAGCGGCGCCGUGCGUCUGCACGCCUACACGCUCAAGGCGGCCGAGAAGCGCACCGCCUCCGGGCCAGCGAUGCUGCACAUCACGCCGAUCCUGGGCGUGCUGAUCGGCGUGGUGCUGGCGCUGGUGCUGGUGGCGGCGGUGAUUGUGGGCGUGAUGCGCUGCCGCGGCCGCGGCGACGGCGACGAGAAGCGGCGCGACGAGGGCGGCCCGGGCCCCGACAAGUCCUGCUCCGUGCCGCUCAGCAAGGACACCGACGACAGCCUGGACAGCCUGGAGGAGAAGAACCCGGACAUCAUCCCGCAGAACAGCGCCUCAGAACUGUAUCUGAUCUCUGAUCGCAGACGACUACCAAGACCCUGA